AGGCCAUUUCAAUAGAACUUUGUGCACACCUUUCCUUUGUUUUGACAGUUGAGUUUGAAGACGGAGAACAGAUUUGAAUGUAGACUGUUGGUGAUUUAAGCUUCAUUGGGAAAUCAUUUACCAACCUACAAGAAUGUCGAAAAAGGGAGCAAUGGAGAAAUUACCUCAAUCAAAUAUUGUUGAGUACCAAUGGCCUUCUUCAAAAGAGGGUGGUUUUUUCAUUUUAAGAGAUCAUGUUGCAGCCUUUUUGGACUCACCCCCCUUGGAAAUGAAAUUAGGAGUCCAAGGACGACCAGUAUCAAAAGAAGAAAAGAAUUUCUUGUUGCAGAAUGGUCUGAUCACAGAAGACCAGUGUAAAGAUGAUUUUAUCACAUUAAAAAGUGAAGAUGUUGUGGAAUUACUGGCCGAAAAGUAUCCAAAAAAAUACCAGGAGUACUUACAAAUGGCACACGAAAGAGACAGAAAGAAGAUUAUAGACAACCAGCACUCUCAGAUGAUGGUAAAAAAUUCAAGCAAAGUUGCUUCUUACGUAAAAAAGGCGAUUAAAGAUGCUGCUGAGUACAAUUCACAUUUAAACCAGGAUAGAAAGGAAGAACGAUCUGCUUAUUUUGAUAUGCAAACUCAGAGUAUUCAAGUGCCGAGGAAAGCUCAGAAAAUAGUCAGCCCCGAAAAAAGAAAACGAAAUCUGCAUCCUGUUUCUCUAAUGCCUGGACAAUUUCAAGAAUAUUUUAAAAUAUACUCACCAGAUGAGCUGCGAUCUUUGCCACUUUCAACGAUAACUGCACAAUGGUCUUCCGGUAGGAACAACCAAAUGCACAUUGAGCGCGAUUACAGUCAAAUCAAUUCAGAUUCCAACACCCAAAGCAGCAGUGAUGAUGAAGGAGGCUCCUCGGAUAAUGGUGGGAACUCAGAUUCUGAUGGACCUCCUAUUAAAAGAGCGCUAAGAGACAAAAAUAAUACUGGCCCACCAAGACAUAGAAAUAAGGUUGGAAUUCAAAAUGAUUCUUUUUGUGGAAUCUGCUUGAAGGGCGUUGAGUCGAACAAGAAGGGCCUACCAGAGGAUUUUGUGCAUUGCUCUUUCUGCGAAAAUAGUGGCCAUUUCUGUUCCCAGUGGCUGUAUUUUGUGAAUUGGUAUUUUCAGAAUUCAGAUUCCAACACCCAAAGCAGCAGUGAUGAUGAAGGAGGCUCCUCGGAUAAUGGUGGGAACUCAGAUUCUGAUGGACCUCCUAUUAAAAGAGCGCUAAGAGACAAAAAUAAUACUGGCCCACCAAGACAUAGAAAUAAGGUUGGAAUUCAAAAUGAUUCUUUUUGUGGAAUCUGCUUGAAGGGCGUUGAGUCGAACAAGAAGGGCCUACCAGAGGAAUUUGUGCAUUGCUCUUUCUGCGAAAAUAGUGGGCAUCCUUCGUGUUUGGAGAUGAAUCGGCAGCUAGUUGAAGUAAUCAAAACGUAUUCCUGGCAAUGCAUGGAAUGCAAAACAUGCACACUCUGUAGCAAUCCACAUGAUGAGGAACAUAUGAUGUUUUGCGAUAACUGCGACCGUGGAUAUCACAGUUAUUGUGUUGGCUUGAAGAGUAUCCCUGACGGUCGUUGGGUGUGCGAUAAGUGUGGUAAAUGUGCUUCUUGCCUUUCUCGGCAGCCGUGCCCGGAUGGCGCACCUGGAAAGUGGCGCGAGGAGUUCAAAAGACCAAAAGAUGGAGGAGAUGCAGAAUUUCUACAAUAUCACUGUCAUAAGUGCUCAAAAUUGUUCCGGUCAGGAAACUUUUGCCCGGUCUGUCUAAAGGUUUACCGGAGUGAUGAAAAAGAUUUGCCAAUGGUUUGCUGCGAUUCUUGUGAUCGAUGGAUUCACACAGAUUGUGAUGGUAUUGACGACCGAAAGUAUCAGGAAUUGUCAAAAGACAGCUCGGCCCAGUACAAAUGUGUCAUAUGUCGUGGAGAGAAAGAAGAGCGUGUUGAUGCAGUACAAAAAGAUGCAAAAAACUGAUUGUGGGUAUAAUUAUUGUGGGCAGAAUAUGGAUAUAUUGUCCUGUUCUUAUGUAAAGUCGAUUGCUGUUCACUGUCAUGGUCCUUUUUGUGUCUAGAUUUGCCGUUAGAUCCUUUAGAUUUUCUCUGUCAUGUAUUGAAAGAAGUAAAUCGAUAAAAAGACCCUUCAAAAUUAUCUGAAAGUUAAAAAACUCUUAGCGACUUGAAAGAAAAUUGAGAUGUAGUGUCUCUGCUUUUCAUUUCACUAUCGCCCUGUGAAGUUAAUGAUACUUUUGUUGAGAUGUUUUGUUGUUGUAUCAGGAAUCAAGUUAGAAUUACAAA